GAAGUGAAACAUUUACCAAUUACAGUUUCAAUUGAUUAGUUAAUUGUGUUCAAGUGUAAUAACAGAAAAGUCAACAUGAUGAAAUUAAUACUUUGCAGUUUAAUUGUGAUCGUUUCAAUCAUCUCAACCGAUGCAAUCGCUUGUACGAAAGACAUUUGCAAUUCAGUUAAAUGUCGAGGCCUCGAACCAAAGGAUUGCGAACCAGGGUCAGUUUAUAAGCGACAUGGAGGAUUCUGUGGGUGCUGUCCAGUUUGUAUAAAACUCUUGAAAGAAGGUCAACUCUGUGGUGGUAGAGUUCAGAGUUUAGUUCGAGGUGGAUCACCACCCACCUCGGAGUGUGAACCUCCAUUGGUUUGUAAAUCAUUCAGUUCCGGUCAACCACUCAAAUGUACUGACCCUUACCAAUCACCCCCUUUCUAUGAUCCCAUUGAAUACCCAGAAUAUCCCACUGAUUGUUACACCAAAUGAGGAUAAUUAACUAAUUGUAAAGGCUUUUUUUUUCAUUUGUCAAAUUGAAAUAAAGUUUUUUCCUUUGUCAA